AUGGAUACAUCAUCUGAUGAAUUUGAAUUAACAUAUAAUUUUCUAGAGUACACAGUAAGUUUACAAAAUGCUUUUCUUAGAUUUUGUUUAGUUGUUAUACUUAUUUUCUUGAUUUAGCCAUUAGAAUGGGCACAGAAACUAAAUCAAGUACUGGUUGACUUGGACGACCGUGGAUGUCAACCUUUUCAGCUGAAAUGGGAUGGAGUGCCACCAAAAGUUGUGUAAGUUAAUAUUGUAUUGACUUUUAUUUUUAUUUAUCUAAAGUUUGUGGUUUUCAGCAGAUUUUAGAUACGAAAGGAUAAAGAUUUUGAUAUAAAGUAUAUAAAGAAUGAUUUCAGCGAGAAUUGUCGGUUUCUACAUUAUGCUACAACUUUUCUUAUGAUGUCAUCGGACCGAAGGGAGAUUUCUUUGUUGUUUAAUGUAAGAUUUAACAUUUAUAUUGAUGCACAUGCGUUUUUGAUAUUAAUAUUAUUUAUAUUCAGGCACAAAGCUCUCGAGAUCUUUCUUCAGCUGGAAAUGGCUUUGAAAUCUUCAGACAAGAAGGUCAGUUUAUAUUAAUAUAUUAUUCUGUUUUUAGUGAAGAGGUACGAUUACUCAGAGAAGUGUAACAGUGUUUGGCACACGGAUUCGAUCGCCUACAGAUGCUUUACAUGUGCUCGGAAUCCAUGUAAGUUAUUUCUAUUAACUUUUAUUGGAAAAUACGUUAUUCUGUAUUUGUUUAGUUUAAAAAUUAUAAUUUAGGUAUGAAUAAACUAAUAUUUAGGUAUGUCUUUGUGUUCUGACUGCUUCGACGCUGCCGACCAUUCAGACCACGAUUACAGUCGCUUCUUUUCUCAAUCUGGUGGAGCUUGUGAUUGUGGAAAUAGUGACAUUCUAGAUCCGAACGGGUUCUGCAAGCAUCAUCAACAAGAUGUGCAACGGGUCGAAGCGCCAAAGUCUCUUAUGCUUUUUCCAGAAUUUAUUAUGACAAAGGUUCUUCUCAGGCUUGUUUCUACUUUCAGACAGUUUGUAAGUUGAAAUUGUAUAAAUAUUUUUGAACAUACUUAUAUUUAGGUAUGAAUUCUUUGUUGAUUUAGGUAAUUGUAUAUGAAAUUUACUUUUAGGGCUUUCUUUAUCGUUCAGCGAUAGAAAAUCGAACCAAAGGAUCUAACAAGUGUAUAGCGGAGCAAGUUUCUAAGAAUAUUAUGACCGCUGCUGACGAGUUUCUAGAGUUUUUGCAGGUAACAAUAGUUUUAAUAUUUAAAUUAAUGUUAUUUUUUAAAAUAAUUAUUAUUUGGGUAUAAUUAUAUCAACUUCUUUCAGGAAAUGAUUGAGCUGGGAAGGCCAACCAUCGACGUGUUAUCUAAAAUAAUCUGUGAUGAAAAGUUGUACGCGGGCAUGUUACCUGAUAGUAAACCUUUAGGUAUGUUAAUAUUUUUUUUUCGAAAAAUAUUCUGGAAGGUAUUAUAGCUUAAUUUAUUUUGUAAAUGGUAGUUUUAUACUGUUUAAAAAGAUGUUUAAUUAAAACCUGUUUUGAUUAAUAUAACGUUUACAGACGACCGUGAUGUCAAAGUGGCAGAAGCCGAAAUGAUCUUUAACAAGCACGGUCUUCUGCUGGCUGACAUUGACUCUAUGAAGGCGUCUCCUACUCCAACAUAUCUUUCAAUUGACUUCUCUGAACUUAACAUUGACUGCAAAUGUCUAUUGGACGAGUUGAUCUUCUACAUGGUCAGACUGGGCUUUCCACAGACCUUGAUCAACGUGCUUCUGACUCUACUGCCUAACAACGAGAUGAAGGAAAGGUUCUCCUGUCGAUUCUUCGAGUGGUACGGGUUGAUCGAUGGUCUGAUGUACGAUGUCAUGAACGAUGGGUUUGCCGAAGACAACUUCGAACCCAGUAAAAUAGCGUCGAGAGUGAUCCACGCUUCUGUACAAGUGAGUUGAUGAUAAGAGAAUGUUUGUGUAUAAGGGUAAAAAUUUAUAGUAAUAUUGAUUAAAUAAUUUGGUGUGAAGCAUCGUAUAGUGGUCUGUUUUCAGAUUUGCUCAAGUAAAAAUGUAUGUAUAUAUCUCCAAAGAAAAGUAAAAAUUCUGCAACGGGUUCUGGAUUCGGCACUGAAAGUGAUCUACACGAGUUCUAUGGCAAUCGCUGCUCAUCACGGUACGGCCUUACUUUGUUUUUUUACUGUGUUUGUACAGAAUUAAAAUUAUUUUAUUCACGUACAUGGGAAAAGGAAAAGGCAGCCACCGGGCCUACCCUAGAGGUCCAUACCAGACAAUUAAGUGUUUUUAGCUGGCCAACUAAACAUUAUUAUUAUUAUGAAAGUAAGUUAUUUUAGAUAUUGAAUACUGCUACGCGCGAAAUCCAGUUCGAACUACAGAUCCUGACAGUUGGCAGGUCUUUAAUUUGAAUGGAAAUCGCUUUUUCUCCCGGUUUGGACACUGGUACCUGACUACGGAUCUACAGAAUCUUUUUGCUCAUAUCGAAUUGUGUAGAGAUGUGUUUAGCGACGAAGAUCUCACCAGACGCUAUCUAGCGUUGUUAUCGGCUAUACAAGGUAAGAUUACGACAAGUUUAACAGUUUUACGUAAAAUUAUUUUUUAAAUUUGACUAUUUUAUGUUUUGAUUUAAAAUUUAUUUUUUUUGUUAUGUAACCUUACACUGCUUGAUCUUUAGGUGCAAAUGUGUUGUGGAGGAUCGUGGAUGGAGAUCACAUCGAAACAGACUCUUCUCAUCUGAUGCAACGUUACUUUACUGUAGAAUGGGAGGUGAAUGCUAUGUUGUUGUUUAGUUCCGUGGGUAGAAUGACUGAGCAAGAUCUUCCUGAACUACGUCGUUUUGGAACGUUACUUCAAGAACAACUGCAAGUAAGUAUUAGGGUGUUAACUAUAAUAUGAUGACAUUUACUGCAAUAUUUAGUUGACAUGAUUAUUUUGUCUUUUUAGAAAUGGUUUGAUGCCAUUGGACUAACUCAAAAUCACAUUCGAGUGCCGCCUUUCUACUGCACUUCUCAUCUACCUCUACACAGACAACUCUCGGCUACGGUGCUGCAGUACAUGAAGCUGACAAAAGAGUACGAUGUUAUGGACACACUUGGCGAAGAGUUCUUGGCUUGUCUGUUUAUCAACCCUCUCAAGUUACAGGUAUUUAAACAUAUUCAUGUCAUAUUCAGUUAAACUUAAAAUAUUUAAAUUUUAACACUAGUUUCUGUAAAUUAGAAUUGACUUAAGUUUUUUUGUUUUUUCAACUUUUGAAUUUGAAAUACAUAAUUUUAGGUAAUGGUGGCUGAAUACUUUGCUAAAAUGUGGGUCAGGAAUGGCAACAUGAUUAGGAAUAAUGUAUAUUUGUAUUGUCAAACAGCGUUAACUAAUGGUUUCAAAGACUUGGACCUAAGUCUUAUGAGGUAUGGUCUUAUUUCUUAUAGUGUAUGUGAUAGUUUAUAGUUAAAAAGUUUUGAUACAAACCAUUUUGUUUAAUGUUUUUUUCUCUGUAAUAUUAUCAUUUUUUUAAAGAUUGGUAUGCUCAAAACUGGACGGGUGGAAGGUGAUGGAGUUGAUGUUCGACGUGUUCCACGUCCACGAUUGCCUCACCUUUCCUCCGGGUAUCUCAACGAUCAAGUCACCUGAAAGAAACGUUGUCAUCACUCAGAGGGACUGGAUCUUCCCCAUGAUCGACGGAUUCUUGAAGCUGUUUCUGGAGAUUCUACUCAUCAAAUCAUACGUAGAAAUGGAUCUUGAGGAUGAGGUCAAGGCGGAAGUUGUGCACAUCCUCAGCACGAGUCAACAACCGUAUUCAAAGUUGCGACAGAAUCUACCGGACAGAGGAUCUGAUUUUAACGAACUGGUCAACGUUUGUUUCGAAAAAGUGGUUAAAAGUGUAGGUUUUAGGCUUGUUUAUCUUGAUAUGUUUGAGAGACUAUUUGGUGAUUUUUGCACAUUUUUUACUUUAUUUGCUUGUCUUUAAACAAAUGUUAUUUUAGGUAGCUAGGUUUGAGCAACCAGACCAAGGAAACCAGAUUCAGCAGGGAAUGUACAUUCUGACAGACGAUGCCUGGUACAAUGAUGUAGACAUGGUGCGAGCCAGAUUCCGAGCCAGUAGUCCUCGCGAGUUUAAUGCAUUGAUCAUGAGGAUGGAGCUGGUGCUUCGAGAGAAACUGAAUAACACUCACGAUGCUCGCUUUGUCUGGCCUACCUUUCCGAUCCCUGAAUUUGGUCCAACCAUGAUUGACACCCACCACCUAUUGCUACAUCCAGCUCCUUUGUGGGUCUGCCGUUUUGUGGUUGACGUGUACCUGGUGUAUCCUCGAAGUGUGACCAUGUACGUGCUACAACAGUCCAUCUACAUUCUUACGUUGAUGGUGGUCUACGCUGUGAAGUGUACGACUCCAGAAGCCUUCAGAUAUCUGGGUAGUUGUCUUGAUUAUCACUCAGACGUUUUUCUACAGUGCGGUCAGUCGUCGGCCGAAGGAUUGACAGUGGAAUCUGGAUUGGCUUUGUUCUUCUCACUUUUCAACGAGAACGGAGUUCCGUUUGCAAUUACUUCUGCAGGGUCUGCUACUGACAGGGAGUGUUUGACGUCACAGUUACUAAAUCUGUACCGGACGUUACAUGGUCAGGAGUUUCAAGAAGCCGAUCCAGCACAACGAGACCGUGAACUUCUGAAGUUGUGCAUGAAGAACGUUGAAACAAGGAAGAUUCUGGGUUCUGGAACGGAAUACGUGGCACGAUUGUUAUGUUAUCUUUACAAUUAGUAAGCAUUGCUUGUUUUAGUUAGCUUUUUUUAUUUUUGAAGAGUUUAUCUUUAUUAAUCCUACAAUUUCAGUGAUUCAUUGUCUCGAAUGAUACUUGAAGAGAAACUGAGGGCAGCGGAUUCUCUGGCAUCGUCACCUAUGGUUAGCAGCUCGUUGGAGAAGAAGAACGACUUCUUGACUAAGAAGAUGGCUGCCAGGAAGCGACAGAUGGAGAUAAUGAAGAGCAAGAAGGCCCAGAAUGAAACCAGGAUGGCCAAGUUGAUGAAAGAAGAAGGCAUGAAGGAGGAUGACAUCAAGGAAUCUUCAUCACAACGCUUUGACUGUCCAAUUUGCAACGGAUCUCAGGGAGUGGAAGAUGUCUUCGGUCUUUUUGCUUACAUUCAGACCACUUCAGGUACGGGUUGCUGGUUUAUUAAAUUAUAUAACAUAUUUUUUGUGUUAGUACAAGGCAUUCUUAAAUGUAUAAUAUCAAUUUAUAAGAUUAAAUUACAGUAUCUAACGGAAUGGUCCACAAAGACAAUGUCAUGUUAGAUCCGGAGAACGGAUUGGCUCAAGGAAAGUUCGACCGAUACUGUAUCUGGGAGAAGUCGGCGAGUGCUGUGUAUGGAGACAGCUACCCCGGUAACACUAUCACACAUAUCUCAACUGGAGAACUAAAGGCUUGUGGACAUUAUUCUCACAUGAAGUGCUUCGAGAGAUACAAAGCCAGUGUUCACGUAGGUUGUUUACUAGUUUAAAGUACUCUGGAAAUAUGUUAUAUUUAUGCCCUAAUUCAAGUUCUUAUGAACUUUUAAAUAAUUAACUAGAAAUUAGAGCUUACUGUAUUGUUCUUUAUGUUUUGGGUACUAGUUAUAAUAUUAGGUGCCGGCAAAAGUUUUUCCACUAUUUUUCUAAAAUUUACCAAAAAAUUAUAGACAGUUCUAGAAGUUUCUGUUGAUAACCUAUAUAAAGAGUUGUCCAAGGACUAAAAACUAUUGCAUGUUCAAGCAUUCUGUUGUUCACGCUGGUUCAGGAAACCAAGGUGAACCAUGACCAUGUUUGGGCAGUGUUGCUUCUCAAAUUCCGCAAUCCCGGCAACGCAACAAGAGCGACGAAGGAAAUAUGCAGUGCUGUAGGGCUUUCAGUUGUCUCUUACGACAUCACAAAAGUUUGGUUCCACAAGUUCAAAAACGGUGACUUUGACAUGUCUGAAAAGUUCGAUAUGGUAGACCAUCAGCGUUGAAGAAACCCCACCUUCUGAAGCUGAUUGAAGAAGACCCCAGACAAACCUGUACUCAUUUGACUGUAGAGCUUCAGUGUGAUCCUUCUACCAUAUUAACUAGACUUCACGACCUUGGAAGAUCAUGGAAAUAUGGUCAAGAGGUUCCACAUGAUUCCAACAGCGACCAGCUGAAACGCUAAGUGGAAGUUGCACUUAUUUGUUGAUGUUCCCAAGGACGUUUGCAUGGCUUGGCAAUUUGGUUACUGGGGAUGAGGAGUGAGUACUGUAUGUUAAUCACACCAGGAAGAAACAAUGGCUUGAACGUGGAGAACAAGGUACACCAACCCCAAAACCUGAUCUUCACCCACUGGAUAGGAUGAUCAGCGUUAGCUGGAACUCAACAGGUAUUGUGUACUAGGAAAUGUUACCACAUGGAACUACGAGCCCUGUGGAUGUCUACUGUAGACAAAUUAAAUCUGUUGCGGCGGCAUUGCAUGGUGAACAGAAUCGAACCUUCUUUAUUCAUGAUACUGCUCGCGCCUAUGUGACAAACUUGACCCAGCACAAGCUGAAAAGCUUCGGCUGGGCUGUGAUGCUAUAUGCACUGUACUCAAUUGAUGUGGUGCCUACAGAUUAUAAUAUGUUCCACUCUCUUCAAAAUCACCUGAACGCAACACACUUUAACAAUCGAGAGUAACUCAAAAGAUGGUGGGCUAACUUUUUCAAUUCUCAAACUCCAGGUUUCUGUAGAAGUUGAAUCCAAAUGCUGCCGAAGGAAUGGCAACAGGUCGUUGAUAAUAAUGGUACAUAUAUUUGUUCAUUAGUUGAUGUUCUUUUUUUUUAAAUAUUAAAUUUUGGUAAAAACAAAAAUCGUGGAAAAACUUUUGCCGGCACCUAAUAAAAAGAAAAACUUUUUUGAAAUCACUGUUUAGGAGAAUGGAAUUACUGUAAAACACCGCCUCAGCGUGCCGUGCCCAGUCUGUCGAAGCAAUGUGACAGGCCUGAUACCUCUGGAUGUAAAUUUCAUAGCUGAUCCGGCAGUAAUGGAAGAGAAAGUAGUCUUGGAUGACUCUAAAAUGGCAGAGGAUGGUGCCGUCUUCUUCCGAAGAGGUCAAACCCUCAUCAACCAAUGGAGUUUAUUGACACGGGUCAGUCCAAUUUUGUUUUCCGAUACUGUUUUUAAAAUUGGGAAUUAGUAAUCGGGUUCUGUUGACAUUUUUGAUUAAUCGCACGUCACCCGGGCCUACUAUAAUAUGUUAUAUUUUAAAUUUGCUGUUUUAUGUAUAUUAUGGUAAACUUUGUUUAAGGUUACUGUAUAUGCUUAUAGAGUCAUCAAAAAUAAUGUGAAUGUUUAGAAUUGCGAAAAUCAGCGUGAAAUGGCAAAUGCCUACGACAAUUACAAGAUGUUCUUGCUAAAACUGUCACAGCUGAACCAGCAAUUGGAAUCCACGAAUUCAGUGAACGGUAAAAGACUUUCGCAUCUGGCUGAGAUCACGAAUGCUCUGGAGAAGAAUCCUAUGAACGUCAGCUUGUCGCUACUCAAAAACCAAUUGGAUCGGAUAUCUCUGGUCACAUCACUCGGGUACAGCUAUCCUACUAGACUCAGGAAUCUCAUGACAAGUAAGUUGAUUUACAGAAUUGGUCUGAAAGUUCGUAGAAAGACAUUUAGGUUCAUUUAAAAUGCCAUUCUUGUAAUUGGGGUAUUCUACUAUUACUAAUCUGGAGUAUUAUUCGACACUUCUUGUGAAUUAACGAUACAAUGGCUAUUACAAUGUAAUUACAGUAACUUCCUUUUCAGAUAGUUUGUUUAAAUUGUCCCUUUGCUGUCUGGAAUCUACUGAAGAGAACAUGGAUAUGCUGAAGAGUAUCUGGGACAAACUUGAUGGCCAAUCGACCAAAGGUGUCCCCAUCUUGUUUUACGAUUCUACAAACUUGAUGUUGCUCAUGGUUUCUGUCAUAUCAGUCUUACCCAACAUUGACGUCGAGGAAAUGAAAGGUAACAAUUUUGCUUUGGACUCUAAUUGGUUGAUUAGUUAUUCGGUAUUAAAUUAUAUUUUUUUCAGCGUUUUACCGCCGAUGUUACUGUUUAUGUUUGGUGCACAACAGAUGUCGUUCUACGUUGUUGUACUACCUCAGAACUCCACGAACUCAACAUGGCUCUGUCAACCCCACUACUGAUGUGGUAAGUCGUGUCAUGUGCAUCUAUAUGAAGUUAUUAAGAGGAUGAAACCAAUUUAUUGUGAAUUAUUUUCAGCUUCUGGCGACCAUCAGAAGGUGCGACGAAGCCAUCAGAUUCUUCGACACCAACUUAACCAAACAACACAUCAAGUUCGGAGACCUGGCUACAGUAACCGACGAAACCGCCAAGAACUUUGCGACGUUCUCCUUGAACUUAAUGAUUGAAGCUGGUCUUCUGUCUCCAGUAGCCGAUGCCGCAUGUCAUGAUUGCACCUCGGUGGAAGACUUGUCUAAAGUAAUAUUGGGGCAAGUGGUACCGCAAGAAGACAUGAUGCAGCUGGUUGGAAGUCGGAUGGAACGAUGGCUUGAAGACGUGGGAACGGCGUUGAGGUCAGAAGACGGGAUUCGGGACAUCUUCGUGACCGAAGCCUGGUGGAAGCGACGAGAGUUGAAGGAGCCUCCACUCAACUUUGACUCUUUGUUCAACGUUUACUUCAAGUUCAAGUGUGCCAAGUGCGAAGACGCCCCGGCUCAGCCCUUCAUCUGUAUGGCGUGUGGGAUGACGGUGUGCUUCGACGACUGCUGUGACGUCACGGUGGAAGGAAUCGCUAAUCAAAUAUCAGAAGUAGAACAAGUGAGUGUUACGAAAGGACUUGAACUACUUUUUGUUUUCUCUUUUAAAGCUGAAUGUUAAAGACAACGGCAAGAAUAGUAGAUGAUGUUUUCUGAACUCCUAAAUCUGAAAAAAACUUGAAAUAAUAUUACACUUAGUCAUACAAAAAAUGAUUUCAGCAUACCCAUUCGUGCACAGCAGGUGUUGGCUGUUUCCUAUCCUUAACAUCGACGAUGAUUGUCAUCAUUCACGGCGGGCUGUGCAAUUUUUGGGGGUCCAUCUAUCUGGAUGACCAUGGCGAAGAAGAUCGUAACCUGAGGAGAGGAAAGAAGCUGACCUUGUCCACCACCAGACUCAGACGUCUGACCGAACUAUGGGUUACUCACGACUUCGAUCGGAGUUUGGGUAACAGAAGCUGGUUCCCAGUCGAACAUCUGCCUCACAUCCUCAAGGAAUGUCAUUUGUAUCCUGGAUAA